AUGUUCCGAAAUGUUUACGAUCGUGCUCUUGAGAUGUUUUCCCCGGUGGUUCUCCAAAUACCCCCGAGCCAGAUAUGCCCGUACUCGGAAUAUGACGAUCUCAAGAGGUUUCCAUAUCUGGAGGAGGAAGCAGACGUUGGACAGGGUUCGUUUGGUGUCAUAACGAAACUCAAGAUCAUGCAAGACUAUUUGCAUCCGACAAUGCGGUCGCGCAUGGAAUCUCAUUCCAAUGACGACAAGUUACUCUUUGCCUUGAAAUCAGUCAAGAUUAUAGCUGAUGCUCCAGUGAUGAAUAUGGAGCAUGAUGCACUUAGCAUGGUUUCGCGGAUACCCAAGCCCGCAUGUGCCAACAUCAUUACUCUUAUGGCAUGCUAUAAGUGGAAAGACUCCAUGCACUUCUUAUUUCCAUUUAUUCAGGUAGACCUGAGCGACGUGUUGCGCGAUAGCGACAACAAAUGUCCAGGCUAUCUCCGAGAAAAGCUUACAGAAGGUCAUAUCCUUGUCGAGCACUGGCUAUGGAAGGAGAUGGAGGGUGUCAGCCGAGCUCUCAGCGCUUUUCACAAUGAGAUGAAGAACCCCUUCAAGGACGUGAAGGGAAAUGUCGUUGCACUUCACUUUGACUUGAAACCUGCUAACAUCCUCGUCACGGAAGACAGGAAAUUGAAGAUCACAGAUUUUGGACAGUCCAUCAUUGAAAUAAUUGAUAAUGAAAGCGCUAAAGACUUACCCCAUAACACCAGUGGGAAUUUUCGAUACGACCCCCCUGAGGCUCGACCAAGCUCACAGCAUUUGACUACAAGCCUCAAAGAUGAGAUCAUGGUAUCGCUUAACUACGAUGUCUGGUCAUUAGGAUGCAUCAUGGUCGAGAUCCUCAUCCACCUGCUUGGCAAAGAUCUCCAUGCCUUUGAUAUGGCACUUGCAGGGCUUAAACAGACUGAUAAAAAGCCAAGUGAUUUGAACAGCGGACGCUUCUUUGAAGAGCCAAAUGGAUUAAAGCAGUGCGUGAAAGACUCAUUUGAGACGUUCGAAAAUGAGUUUCGAAACGACAGCGCCCAGGCCGAGUAUAUGAAGGACGUCGUAAGCUUGCUUCGACAUAUGCUUGAUCACGAUAAAAAGACAAGAGCAUACUCGUCAACAGUCACAGAGAAACUAAAACAGGCCAGAGCAAAGUUCGAAGCUAUACAUAACAAUGGGGAUUCGCUUGUUGUGGCCGUUUCUAAAUAUGGGAAUCAGGACAGGAAAGGAUUUAAGGAGCUCGGCUGGCGCAAUGGAGCCGAGAUCUUGUCGUUUUCCGAAAUGUAA